AACCCCCAGAACUGAGCCUCUACUUUGGUCUAUCCUCUUUGCGUUAGUCCAUCCUCUUUGGGCGGCACCUCGGUGUACAUUAUUCCCAACUGCGUCGCUGCUCCUACUCCGGAAAAUAUGGCUUUGGUAACUGCUCGUGCCGUUUUAAGUCCAGUCAUUCGCAGGACUGUCAAGCAAAUCCUGUUCAGCCGACAAUUAGCCAGACACCAGCGGCGGAAUCAGAUCGACGGACAGCGAUUUUUACCCCAAGUGACACAGCAGAGAUUUUAUGCUGAGAAGAAAAUCUUCAGCAGAGAUAAACCACAUUGCAAUAUUGGUACUAUUGGCCAUGUUGAUCAUGGAAAAACUACCUUAACUGCUGCAAUAACAAAAGUUCUCGCCGAACAAGAACUGGCAACAGCAAAAGGCUACAGUGAAAUCGACAAUGCCCCAGAGGAGAAGGCUCGGGGGAUCACAAUCAAUGUCGCGCAUGUUGAAUAUCAAACAACAAAUCGUCAUUACGGUCACACAGACUGUCCUGGUCAUGCCGAUUACAUUAAGAACAUGAUCACAGGAACAUCGCAGAUGGAUGGAGCUAUUCUCGUGGUAGCUGCUACCGAUGGUGUUAUGCCACAGACCAGAGAGCACUUGAUUCUCUCUAAGCAAAUUGGCAUUGAGCAUAUAAUUGUCUUCAUCAAUAAAGUAGACGCUGCUGAUAAUGAGAUGGUUGAACUCGUGGAAAUGGAGAUUCGUGAGUUGCUAUCAGAGAUGGGAUAUGAUGGAGAGAAAAUUCCAGUGAUCAAAGGCAGUGCAUUAUGUGCACUCGAGGGAAAGGAUCCGGAAGUGGGUAGCGAAGCUAUUCUUAAAUUACUGGAGGCUGUUGACAAUCAGAUCCCAACUCCAGUCAGAGACCUCGAUAAACCCUUCCUGAUGCCGAUUGAGAGUGUUUACUCUAUUGCUGGACGUGGAACUGUCGUUACUGGACGUCUGGAACGUGGAAUUAUCAAGAAGGGAAUGGAGUGUGAGUGUUUGGGGUACAAUAAAAAUAUCAAGACCACAAUCACUGGCAUCGAGAUGUUCCAUCAAAUUCUACCACAGGCAGAGGCUGGUGAUCAGCUGGGUGCCCUUGUCAGGGGUGUGAAGAGAGACGAUAUCAGAAGGGGAAUGGUGAUGGUCAAACCUGGCACCGUUAAGGCUAAUGAUCAUAUUGAGGCGCAAGUUUACAUUCUCAAUGCAGACGAAGGUGGCAGAACAAAACCCAUUGCCAAUUUUAUUCAGCUUCAGAUGUUCAGUAAGACGUGGGAUUGCGCUGCACAGGUUACCAUUCCCAAUAAAGCAAUGGCAAUGCCUGGUGAAGACGCUACAUUGGUGCUCAAGCUUCUGAAGCCCAUGGUGUGCGAGAAAGGACAAAGGUUCACCCUUCGUGAUGGUUCAAAAACUCUUGGAACUGGUGUCGUUACGAGUGUUCUUAAAUCUAUGACUGAUAAAGAACGUGGCGCUCUUCUUGAUGGAAAAAAAGCAAGAGAGAAGGCUGCAGCAGCUAAUUAAACUCCUCUGGAGAUUCGUUAUCUUUCCCUGCAGUUUUUUAAAGGACUAGGGUAGCAUUUACCAAGUAAAAAUAAUACUGGCUAUUUUGAUUUGUAAUCAUUGAACACAAGAACCAAAAGGAAAAGUGACAAAGAAAUCCUAUAAAAAGAACAUUCAUCCAGGGAUAUAGGAUCAAUCAGUGUUAAGAUUAAACACAGUCAUUCGUUACUUAUAAUUAAGGUAAUAAUUAUAAUGACAUUCACAUGGUUUCACUAAAAGAAACCUUCAUUUAUGAACUGAUAUUUUUUUAGAUGUUAAAAUUGGAAAGAUCAUACAUUGUAUCAAAAAUUACCGAAAUUAAUAUUAAUUAAAUAAGAAAAUAAAAAUA